AUGGAUCGAAAAGACCAAAUUAUUCAAUACAUCUUAAUUAGAUCAGAUCUCGGAUGGAGUCAAGGUUCAAUUAUAGCUCAGGCCUGUCAUGCAAGCUCUGCAGCUAUUUUUGAAAAUAUUGAAAAAGAAUCUGUUAAAGAAUACCUUAGAGAAAUUAACGAAAUGAGAAAAGUUGUUCUUAACUGUCCAGAUGAAAAAACUUUAAGAAGUGUUUCAUCUGAUCUUAAAGCCAAGAAAAUACUCCAUAAACUCUGGAUAGAGUUACCAGAAAAUAUUCCUACAUGUAUUGCAACAAUGAUGCUUGUAAACGCUUUUUUAAAAUGUUCUAGGCAAAAUAUGCUAAUUUCCCCGCAUGCCUCUAUUUUCUUUAUAAAAAAUUUAAAUAUACAACUUCUAUACAAACGCUCGUAUCGAAAUGUCUUUGAGAGGCUAGGUCAAAAGAAUUGCGCUUUAUUGUUUAAAAACCAUUCUAGAAACUUUAACUAUGCAAGCUGCAGUGGAGCAAAACUCAAUGAAUCCAGGAAUCUUAGUAAAGGCUUGUUUGGAAUGGGGAUCACAAUAUGUUUUGGUUAUUUCCUUAUUAAAAAAAAAGCAAUUAGUGUAUCCGAAUUUUGUAAUAAAUUCGAGAAUUUUAAUGAUUGGAGCUAUAAUUUGUUACUAGAUCAAAUUAAUAAACUAAUUCCUCCUGACAAUGAACCUUUGUUACCUGAUUUUGAUCAGCUUGGAUAUCCGGAAAAUUUACCAACUCUUGUAGUUGGCCUGCGUGGGUUAAUUUGUGAAAUUACUCAUUCUAGAAAAAAUGGUUGGGGGAUCGUAAAAAGGCCAGGUGUUGAUCAAUUUUUUAAUGUGUUAAAGAAUUAUUAUGAAAUUGUUAUUUGGAGUGAUGAAUCAUUUCCAAUUCCAAACGAAAUUAUUGAAAAAUGGAACUUACCCAUAAUUGGAAUCCUAGAUAAAAACCACUUUUCAAAAACUGAUGGAAAAUUGUUCAAAAAUCUCGGUUGUCUUGGAAGAAAUUUGAAUAGGGUAAUUCUUGUUGAUAACGAAUCAUACUCCGCAAAGAUUCAACAUGAAAACUCUAUCGUACUUCCUGUAUUCAAAGGUGAUCCGUAUGACAACGAACUUGUUUCAAUAAUUGAUUUGUUAAAAGCAGCGGCUUUACAACCUGGUGACGUAAGAGAAUACUUAAAGAGGUUCAGGUGUAAUAAUACGAAAAUUGGAACCAAGUUUAAUGAAUACAAGAAAACCAUUUCGGAAAAAAGUCAAGUACAAAGAAGAUUUAGCAAGUUUUUUCUGAAAUAA